CCUGGAUCUCAUCACAGAUAUACUACUUCUUUACUGUGCGUCAGCCAUGUACAUAUGAAUGGACUUCCUGGAUGCUUCUCUUCAUAGCUGUCUAUCCUCUCUUGGAUGAAUGCAGACAUACUGCUCUACGUUUUCGCAAGAAAGUUCUUCAUGAGCGGCCACUGCAACAGACCCAAACCCACUGCACAGCAGACAGCACAGGGAGGGACAGCACAGGCGACGGACCGUCCUCCCUUCACUGACAUCGCGACCGCUGCAGUUGACAAUGGGAUAAGCGAUCGACCACUUAGACACAAAGACAGCAACGCUUCAAGACUCCAGCACAGCGGGACGACGAGAAGUCACCUGAGGCGGCAGACCACAUUAAUGACAGCAGCCCUUUCCUUCAUUAGCACGGAGCCAGCGCUCGCUGGAACUGCCAAGGUGCAGUCAGCUUUGGCGUCUCUGGAAGUCUCACCUCGCUACCUCCGCACCCUGUCAGACCAAAUCAGGCUGUACUCUCUCAUCGAAGUCACCGGGCUGCUCUACACCAAUCUGAUGAUGUUAAUUACUAACCAAAUAUAGGGCACCGCUUCAUCUCUCAGUUUUGUGCAAGGAAUUGGGGGCCUGCUCAUGCUGGUCAGCAUCGAAUGCGCUUUCGAAGCGGUUUUUUUUCUUGUGAUGGUCCGAUGGAACAACAUCCCUCUGCUGUCAUCCAGUUACGAGAAAGGCGUCACGUGGUGCGGACUUUUCACGUGUUUAUGGAUUUUGAUGCUCGGGUAAGCUGUGAUCGAGACACACACUAUUAUAUGCUGCGAGAAUGCACCCUUGUCUGUCGCUCCCUCAUCCUGUCCUCUUUCUGCCUUUCCUGUCUGUCUGUCUGUCCAGUGUGUCGCUUAUGAUUCCGUAUCUUAAAGUCUUCGUGCUUCGUGGGGCGGAUGCUGAUAAGUGGGGCGAGAUUCAGCCUAAAGAUGUGUGCCCAUAUUUCUCCUUUAUUUUCUAAGGAGACACCGGCACCGUUCAUUCGUUUGCUUACUCGGUGGUGUACAGGUGAUUGGCCUUCUCUAGGCAAUUUACCUAUAGUAUGGGGACACACGAUGCGUGCUUGCUUAAUAAUUCCUCGGUCAAAUCAACCCCAAAUCACCUCCAUCCACCCCCUGCUCAUCCUGUCCAUCAAAAACCCUACGUUGGACGCACUUACUCUCUGCACUGCCCUCCCUCCCUCCCUCUCUGUUGGUAUGUGCCUGUCUGGGUGGCUUCCUGUCUGGCUGUGGGGCUGGGGUUGGUGUGUUGCCCUCCAAUGCUGGCGGUUUGACCUGAUGGCUAGGCAGCUGUGUGUGAGUGUGUGUAGGUGUGUGAGGCCUGUCUGCCUGACUACCUGCCUGGGUGAAGCACAUGG